AUGGGCCGGGAAGAGCAGAUCGAGGAGAGGGAAGUCCUCGACUCCAUCUUCCCCGACGAAAUCACAGAUGUCUCCGAGACCCAGUACAGGAUAUCAAUAACCCUCGACAUCCCCGACGACGAGGCCAACGAACCCCCGACCAUGCUUCUCGACGUGCAGUACCCAGAGGACUACCCGGACAAGGAACCGCACCUGGACCUCCUGCCCCCGCAAAACGCCGCCUCGACGCACCCGCUCUUCAGCGUGAGCGACGACCGCGCCGAGCUGCUCGACGGCCUGCGCGAGACGGUGCAGGAGAACCUCGGCAUGGCCAUGGUCUUCACGCUCGUGUCGGCGCUCAAGGAGGCCGCCGAGCAGCUCAUCAUCUCGCGCAAGCAGGACGAGGCCAAGCGCCACGAGGAGGUCCUGCUGGCUGCCGAGCGCGAGGAGAACAAGAAGUUCCACGGCACCAUGGUCACACCCGAGACGUUUGUCAAAUGGCGCGAGGGCUUCCUCAAGGAGAUGGAGGAGGAGCGCGCGCGGCAGGAGGAGGAGCGGCUGGCGGAGCUCAAGAAGGCGCGCAUCAAGGAGCCCGUGCGGCUGACGGGCAGGCAGCUCUGGGAGCGCGGCCUGGUGGGCAAGGGCGAGGAAGACGCCGAGGACGACGGCGAUGCGCCCGUGGAGGAGGUUGAGAGGCUCAAGGUCGAGGCAUAA